GGGGAAGGAGCCGCGGUUACGUGGUCGCCGCUGCCCUUGUCGGGGUGGGGGGGCCGCCUGUCACCGCACGGCACAACGCAGCGCAGCGCCGCGCCGCGCCCGGCCAGCCCGCCCGGCCAGCCCUUCCUCGCCGCCCGCGCCUCUAGCCUCCCGGGUCCUCGCCGCAGCCCCAGCCGCCGGCCAUGGCCGCACUCGGCCACCUCUCCACCUUCGGCCGGGUCACCCACGCCGUGGUGCGGGGACUGCCUGAGUCCCUGUGCCAGCACGCGCUCCGGCGCCAGAAGGGCGACGAGGUGGAUUUCGCCCGGGCGGAGCGGGAGCACCAGCUCUAUGUGGGGGUGCUCAGGAACAAGCUGGGGCUGCAAGUCGUGGAGCUGCCGGCGGACGAGAGCCUGCCCGACUGCGUGUUCGUGGAGGACGUGGCCGUGGUGUGCGAGGAGACAGCCCUCCUCACCAGACCCGGGGCGGUGAGCCGGAGGAAGGAGGUUGACAUGGUGAAAGGAGCAUUAGAAAACCUUCAGCUCAACAUAGUAGAGAUGACGGAUGAAAAUGCAACCUUGGAUGGUGGAGAUGUUUUAUUCACAGGCAGGGAAUUUUUUGUGGGCCUCUCCAAAAGGACAAAUCAACGUGGUGCAGAAAUCCUGGCUGAUACUUUCAAGGAUUAUGCUGUUUCUACAGUGCCAGUGGCCGACACUCUGCAUCUGAAAAGUUUCUGCAGCAUGGCUGGACCCAACCUAAUAGCCAUUGGCUCGAGUGAACCUGCACAAAAAGCUCUCAAGUUCAUGCAGCAGAUGAGCGACCACCGCUACGACAAACUGACCGUGCCUGACGACGUGGCCGCGAACUGUGUGUAUUUAAACAUCCCCAACAAAGGGCACGUCUUGUUGCACCGAGCCCCGGAAGAGUACCCGGAGAGUGCCAAGGUGUUUGAAAAACUGAAGGAUCACAUGCUGAUACCUGUCACCAACACAGAGCUGGAAAAGGUGGAUGGACUACUCACCUGUAGUUCAAUUUUGAUUAACAAAAAGGUAGAUGUGUGAGUCCACAGGCUUGCCUCCUUGUCACUGGCAAUAAUAUACACGCAAGACCGACGACUCUGUACCCAGUCUUGUUUUGAUUGACAAUCUACUGUGCCACGAUGCUACUAAUCUGUGUUUACAAAAGUUAAUUCUCAUUUCCAUUCUGUUUUGUCAUUUGCUUCUCUCUCCACCCUAGGUGGUACUUAAGCUGCGGAUUUGAUAGCUGAAUAAGAAAUAUAAGUCUUAACAAACUAUUAAAACUUGAUUGGAGCAAUGGAAGCACUCA